AUAAUAACUCCACCUGCUAUGUCUCCCAACAUUCUUCAAUCAACCUCCUCAUGACUACUUUAUCCAGCUUCAGAUCAUGGGCAUCCGAUUGAUGGGGAUAGCGCAUGCAAAGCAAAAGCUCCGGCGAAGUCUUUCGGCAAGAAUCAGAAUGAUUUCAGCCACUAGUGUUAAUGUUCCAAAAGGCCACUUUGCAGUUUAUGUUGGAGAAUUAAGUAGCAAGAAGAGGUUUGUGAUUCCAAUAUCAUACUUGAACCAUCCUCUGUUCCAAGACUUGCUAAACCUUGCUGAGGAGGAAUUUGGAUAUGAUCAUCCUAUGGGCGGCCUCACAAUUCCUUGCAGUGAGGAAUACUUCAUUGGUUUAACUUCAUCUUUAAAUUGCUCAUAAAUAAAUAAAGACUGACUCAGGGAUUGAGUGAGUUUAGGCAAUGAACCUCAGUCCCAUCAAUUUUGUAUUGUGGGUUCUUGCCAAUAUCAUUCGUGUGAUGUCUUGAAAAUUGUAAAGAACCUGUGCAUCAUUUG